AUGUCAGACAAGACGGAUUCGUUCAAGCCCAGUCUCGGCGAAAUGAGCGACGACCAGAGGGAUGUGUACAUAGCCUUAAGUAGCUAUCUGCAGCAAGGCGACUUGCUGUACGAUGACAGUUCAUCGGAGAGCUGGGUGAGCGACGAAACGACCCCGCAGACAUCGGAGUACAGUGACGCGACUGACAUGGACGAUGACAAAGGGCAGUGCGAGAUGCUCAAUUCCACGGACACGGCCGCGGAGACCACGAUUGACAGAUUAGUAGAAUGUGUAGAUUCGUUCCUCACGUCCGAAGAUGAAGAAUCCGAAGAGGAUGAUGCGCUGGAAGAAAACGUCGUCGAGGAUCGUCCCCAGGAAACGAGAAACGUUGCGAAAGGGUUGCCGCGUUAUCUUCGGGGACUAAUGGGUGAGGCGAACAUGUGCUUCGCUCGGGGCCGUUACGAGGACGCUGUCAAGAUGUGCCUCGAGAUUGUCCGGCUUGCGCCCACUUCGCCGCUUCCCUUCCAGACGCUCGCCAUGAUCUACGAGGAGCUACGAGAUCCGAAUCGAUCGUUGCAGUUCGGCUUGAUCGCGGCCUACUUGGGUACGCAGGACGCCUCCGAGUGGAGCCGGUUGGCGCAGCUUUGCCUGGAGCAGGGUCUCCUCCAUAAAGCAACUUUGUGUCUGAUUAGGGCUCUUAGGGUUGAUCCGCACGACUUGGAAAUGCGGCGCUUACUGUGUACGCUGUACGAGCAGCUGGGGGACGAACAUCGAGCGCUGGUUUCAUGCGCAGUCCUUGCACGUCGAAUAGAGGAACCUGACGAUUGCCUGCUGCUGUCGCGACGCCUUGUGGAUGUCUUCCGCAGUCGUCAAAACCUGCCUUCGGCUGUGCGAGUUCUCCUGGAUGCCGCCACUAAGUUUCCCGCGCACAUCACAGCUGAAGACAUCCACACGCUGCUGGAGAUGCAACUGACGCUGAAAAUGCACUCGGCUGCCCUGCUAGUGCUUCACGAUCAUUGCGGAGUUCAGCUGCUGCCGCUGCCGGAGGGGCACAAAACAAUAACCGCAGAACUACUUGAAGACUCUCUCGACGCCUUUGAGAGAUGCCUGGUGCCUGCUGAGCUUUGCAUUGACAUAAAGACGAAGCUUGUGGUUUGUCUAAUACACCUGGGGGCCCGGCAUCUUGUUAUAGAUCUUGUGAGAGAAAUGAAGCGUGAGCUGGACCCCGAAAAGUCUGGCGAUUUUUUGCUGAAUGUGGCUGAAGCCUUCAUGGAAGCGGAAUUCGAGAACGAUGCACUACCGCUGCUACGAAUGCUUGUGCGCACUUGCAACUAUGGGACGGCGGCCGUUUGGCUCCUAUACGCGGAAUGUCUGAAGCGACUCGGCCGCCACCAAGAGGCUACAAAGGCGUACGAACGCACGUGCGAGCUGGCACCACGCCACGCACCGUCCCGCCUCUCCCUGGGCCAGCUGUUAGACGCGCAGGGGCUUCGGGACCAGGCCAUCGACUGUCUCGCCACCGAUUCCCGACUGCUGCAGGACACCAAGGACAGCACACCAGAGCAGCAGCAGGAUUCGGCGUCCGUGCUGCUUUGUCAGGCGCGGCUAUUGUGGGAUUCCGGACAGCGCGAGGCUUUUAUUGAGUCGGCCAUGACGCUGGUGCGGGCACACUGUUUGUCUGUCUGUUCGGCAGAAGAAUACGGCGCGGUGUACUCAAAUACGUAUCACUUGAGUCGCAUGAAGGUACUACGUGAACUGCAUGAGAAACGCGGCUUCACACCGGGCUGGCUCACAAUGGAGAGUGGUGUAUCUGUCGACGAACUGCAGGCAUGUUUCCUCGAGCUCUACCGAGCACUGCAAGAGACCGGCCGCAUGGACGACCUGAGGCAAGUCGUGACGGAAGUUCUCGUCGCGCCCAUGUUCAACAAAGACGCAACGAGCACUCAGGAACUGGAGUUCUUGAGCUUUCUAGCCCAUUACCAGGACCCGGACCACGUAGAGCACAGCUUUGCCAUCAUCCGUGCUAUGGUGCUCAAGUAUCCGAACCAAGCACGUGCGUGGAAUUUGCUGGGUCUCGUGGCCAACCAAAUACCGGCGUGGCGUAAGAAGGGAUUCUACCUCCGGCUAUUAUACAAGCACGAGAAUAGCCUGCCACUCGGCGUGCUCGUCGCUCACAACGCUUUUCUCUGUGCGAACUACAAGCACGCUCUCGCAGAGUACACGCAACUUCUUCACCAUGUCGGAAAGGAAGAGCCAAUGCUGCUGCUGUGCUCAGGCAUAAGCCUAAUGCGUAUGGCGGGACAACAGUUGACACUAAACCAAAAUUGUCCAGGGAGCCAAAAGUCUGCAGGGGUUCAAAAGUCUCCAAGGAAGUUUUACUGGCUGGCCACUCAAGGGAUGGCCUUUUUGUGCCGCUAUUUGCGUGCUCGAGGCAGUGAUUGUCAGGAGGCCCUUUUUAACGUAGGCCGCGCUCUUCACGAGCUGGGCUACCCGCACAUGGCUGUCAACAUGUAUCAACGGGCACUCGCUGCACCACCGGCUGUGCAGGAGAUGCCAGAGGUAUUUGACCUGCGACGGGAGAUAGCUUUCAACCUCAGCCUGCUGUACCAGCGCGGAGGCAACAACGAAUUGUCCGAUUGGUGCAUCAACCACUACUGCGUCAUUUGA